AUGUCUGACAGAGAGUUUAACUCUAACGACGAUCUGUCGCUUCCCAAGGCGACGGUCCAGAAAAUCAUUACCGAGAUCUUGCCUCCUUCCUCCGGUCAAACAUUUUCCAAAGAUGCGCGCGAUCUACUCAUGGAAUGCUGCGUUGAGUUCAUCACGCUGAUUUCCUCCGAAGCCAAUGACAUCAGUGAGAAAGAAGCGAAGAAGACCAUUGCAUGCGAACACGUUGAGAAGGCGCUGCGAGAUCUUGGAUUCGGCGACUACAUCUCAGAGGUACUAGCUGUGGCAGAGGAGCAUAGAGAGCAAUUAAAGUCCCGAGAGAAGAAACAGAGCAAGAUGGAGCAGAGUGGUCUCUCAGAGGAGGAGCUCCUACGUCAACAGCAGGAGCUCUUCCGAUCUGCGACAGAGAAAUAUAAUGCGGGUCCGGAGUAA